AUGACUGCCCCUACUGCUCCUAAAACGAAUCUCACACCAGAUUCUAAUGAUGAUUACUUUGAAGCUACAUAUGCAAUUCCAAUGCAUUGUGAAAACUGUUCUAAUGAUAUCAAAAAAUGCUUGAUUGAACACAUUCCUCAAAGUGAAAAAGUCAAAGAUAUCAAAUUCAAUUUGGAAGAACAAAUAAUGGCUCUUAACAGUGCUAUUGCACCAUCUGUCGUUAUCAAGACAUUGAGAAGUUGUGGUUAUGAUGCUAUCGUUAGAGGUGCAGGAAAUAAACCUAACAUGGCUGCUGUAUCCAUCAUGGAAAUCUUCAAGAAAUAUAAAGAUGAUACUUUAUUGAAAUCUCCAGUGAGAGGCCUAGUUAGGAUCGUCCAAGUUAGCGAUAACAAAACAUUGUUUGAUUUUAAUGUUAACGGCGUUCCAAGACCUGGCAAAUAUUUUGCUACUCUUCGCGAAUGUGGUGACCUUUCCAAUGGUGUUGAAAGUACUGGUAAAGUGAUGAAGAAAUUUGAAGAACCUAUUGAAUGUAAGGAACAAAGCGAUUUGGAUCCUAAGUUGUUCAGCGGUCAAUUGUUCUUAAGUAGUCCAAUACAAGUUUGGGAAUUAAUUGGUCGUAGUAUCGUUAUUUCAAAAGAAAAGGAAAAUGAAAUGGAAGAACCUUAUGAAAUGUGUGGAAUCGUGGCUAGAAGUGCUGGUAUUUGGGAAAACAAUAAGAAAGUUUGUGCUUGUUCCGGUAAGACUAUAUGGGAAGAAAGAAAAGAUGCCUUAGCAAAUAAUAUCAGGUAA